AUGCAGAAUAAGCCCGGGCGUCGCCAAGACCAACGGAAGCACAAGACUUCGGACGGGGAAGCUGGAAAGGAUACAGAAGGAGAUGAAGACAUUGACGGAGACUACCUGGAAACUUUUUCUACCACCAAGACCAGUCGAAAGCGGACUCAGGAAUUCUCUGGCACAGAAGAUGACGAUUCUAAAACCAAUAGUGGCUUAUCCGGCAGUCCGAGCUCUUCAGGCGUGGACACUUCCUUAGGAAUAGAUCUCCAAGGGAAAAGUCAACUUCCAACAUCCAUUUUGCCCGAACCAACGUUGGGUGACCUCCUUGCGGCGCUUGCCCAGAGAAUUGCGACUUGGGAGGCCCAUGAAGACUUGGUAAGACUCUAUCCUCAAAGCCUGAUAUUUGGCUCUCUGCUGUCACCAUCGUCGGAGGAAGCUGGCUUAAACGACCUUGUUGCCGAAGCCGUCCUCAACACAAACUUUGCAAGAGAGGGCUCCUCCAAAGUAUUUGAUGUCGAAGACUUCUGUGUCUACCGAUCGCCUCAUCACCACCAUGCACAAGGUCAAUUUGACUAUCUGAGUCUUGUGGCGUCUGAACUUGCGCUGGGCGAAGCCGGUUCGGUCAGCUACUCCCAGCCAUGCUGGCUGCUUGACGGGCUGCUAUUAUCCAGUGGAGAACCGUACGAGCUUCGCGCGGCAGAGAUCAUUGCGGUAAACACCAACAAUCCUGACGAUUGUGAAUCACGGUUACCCAAGUCUGAGUGCUUCGCAUGGAUUAUGACCACCGAGAGCAAGAGAAAGAACGUCUGGUAUCGCCUGAGAUCUCCAUCGACAGCAUAUAAGCCAUUUUGGACCGCCUCGAAAUGGCUUGCCGACUUUGCCGACUUCUUCAUCAGCUAUCUUGACGUUCAUUUGGGGACGCGCGGCGUCAGAUUAUGUGAUUUCCAGUCGAGAUUCUGGGUAUGGCUUUGCAAUCACGACGCAAAAAGGUCCCAAGAAUGGGCCGCCCAGAGUGGAAACAAGACGGACUAUCGCCAGUACAUCCUUUCUCAUUGCUUGUAUCUGUACAGGCAGGCCCAUGUGUUUGGAGAACCAGGAGACAACCCCAUCGUGACUGUUCGCAAGUCCCACCCCAUCUGGAGUGAAAUAGGCAUCUUUCGGUCACAGAUCUCGUAUGCAUCAAUGUGCUCCUGGAAAACACUUGUUACGUCGAAUGUGGCGUUUUCAUUCUCACGAUUUUCCGCCUGGCAGGAAUAUGACCUGCUUGAAGUGGUGGAGCUAUCCCCUCCAGUGGAAGCCUACCAGCGCGACAUGGUACGGCGGUGGAAUUUUCCUAUAAGGUCCAAGGGUGAUUUCUGCAAGGAGUUCGUGACCAUCGCGGAUGGCGGUAGGAUUUCGAGAGCAGCUUGGAUUCUGGAAGAAGCUGGAGAAGCAAACCAACGAGUCUAUAUUCCCAAUGGAAGAGACCUUACCGGAGGAGUCGUCAUCUUACGAGCGACGAGCCCUACAGGGCCCGAAUUCAGCUAUGCGUGGGUGAGAAAGGCUACGACCCAAACUCUCCACGUUGUCUGGUUAAUCCUCCCCUCCGACACCAUAUGUGGCUCGCCAGACGAUGACGCCGUACUCUACCCGAUGGGUAACGAGCUAUUCUUCAGUGACCGGUGUAGCUGCGAAGAAGUUCCACCCGACGAUAUCGUCCGAAUUGUCAAUGCCUCAGUAUUCGAGGAUCGUGCCGCCCCCGACUCCGAGUUGUUUGUCCGGUCUCUUUAUCGUCAUGCCGACGAGGUCAUUACCAUCCCGACAAAGUCAGAGCUUUCUUGUGAAUGUCUGCUUCACAAGCCCUGCAGGAUCGUCAAGCAACCGCGUCGGAAGUCUAGGCUUCGAGACAAUAAACCGAAACUGCGUGGCCUGAGUCUCUUCAGCGGAUGUGGUCUCUUCGAUGCCGCCUUUACCUGCAAUGGUAACAGUGAGAUCGUCUAUGCCACGGAAAUAUGCGAGAUUGCGGCCCGAAGCUACAAAGCCAACGACGCGACUAACAGAACACACGUGGAAAUUGGAUCGGUCGAAGAUGGGUUCGAGGACUUUGCUCUAGGCAGAAAACCUAUGCCUGAUAUCGACUUCAUUAUCGGUGGAUUUCCAUGUCCCUUCUACAGUACGCUGAACCACUUCAAACAUACCCGACGAAGCCAAAAGGAUGGGUCGCUUGUGGCCAAUAUGCUGUCAUGGAUCGAAAUCUUCAUGCCGCCCUAUGUGUUGAUGGAGAACGUGCCAAACAUGGAUCGUAUCCGACCAAAUGCUUGUCGACAGGCGAUAUGCCAUCUCGUGGCCUUGGGCUAUCAAGUCAGAAAAUCAGUGCACAACGAUGCCAAUCUGGGCGGGGUGUCGAUCCGCCAAAGAUUGUUCAUUGUGGCCGCUGCGCCUGGUGUGAUGCUUCCGGAUAAACUGGUCGAUACUCAUGGCACAGGACUGCGGAAGAUCCGAACGGUAUCAGAAGCCAUGGGAGACUUGUCGCCCAUUGACAACGACACAGACAUCAACAUUCUAGACCCGAGUCAUGUCCCUAUGUCGAGGCUAGGUCUUGAUUUUGCACGCAACGUGAGCUAUAGGAGUUUGGUACGACAGAUUCCUACCGAGCCAAAGUGCAUGUCGCUCAGUAGGACUUAUUACGCGGGCGGCUUGUUGGCUCAUCAACGCAGAUUCUUCGAGCAGUGUUUAAAUCCGGUCAAGCAGGCCCGGAACUCCAAGUGUCUGCAACGCAUCGACCCGGACAAACCGUUUCGUACUGUUUGUACGGUUAUCGCGCCCAUGGAUGCCAGAUUCUGUGGCCACAUCAUCCAUCCGUCUCAAGAUCGUACUUUGUCCUUGAAGGAAGGUGGCCGUCGUGCCAUGGGUAUGCCGGAUUAUUAUCUCCUUGCUGGUUCGGUGGAAGAACAAUAUAAACAGUGCGGUAAUGCGGUGCCAUGGACUAUGGGGGCGGCUUGGGGAAGGAAUUUUGCCAGAGCCUGGUUUGCCUCGCUGGACAGGAGGGUGCAAGAAGAAAACAGCGACGAAGGUGAAAUGCCUGGCGAUGAACACGAGGAUGUUAUCAGUUUUGAGAUUAGCAGCGACGUCGAAGACGAAGACGACCGCAAUGGGAAAGAGCAAAUUUACCUUACGGACAGCGGCGAUGACGAAGGCCAACUCGAUGAAGGUAUCGACAAGAACGAUACCGGACUCGAGUUUGAGAAAAGCAACGACGGUGAUGACGAAGAUGAAGAUGACCAAACUAGCAACGACGAAACGGACCUUGCAGACAGUUGGGAUGACGAAGACGACGAAGACGGAGACGACGACAACCAUUAUCAACUCGACUUUGAAGACCCUGGCAGCGGCGAAGAAGAAGACGAAAAUGACGAAGACGACGACAAUGAUUACCAAUUUGACUUUCAAGACACUGGCGACGAGGAAGGUGACCACUAUGGCACCGACGAGAUGUACUCUACAGACAGCGCCGAUGACGGAGACGGAGACGAAGACGAAGACGGUAAUGAAGAUGAAAACAGCAAUUCCGAAAUCGAGUUCGAGAACAGUAGCGAUGAUAGUGGCGAAGGCGGAUCCGGGGGCCUUGGCCACGGUUACUGUCAUAAUCUCGAGCAUACUACUAAUUAUUGCUUCAAUCGUACCGACUUCAAUCAUGGUCAUACCACCCCUAUCUCUGCGGGCGACAGUCAAGCCAGCGAAGACAGCGACUCCUCGGUUGAAAUCCUCGAGGUGCGACCUGCGAAAAGACAUCGGAUGAGCUGA